AUGAUGUCGCGUACAAGUCUAUUAGCGAUUGUCUUGGGUUUGACUUGGCUAUGUCUUGAGUUUUGUCUCUGUCACGAUGUACUUGUCCUGACCGUAGCAACUGAAAGAAACGAUGCUUUGCACAGAUUCUUGAGAUCAUGUAGUCUUAAUGGGUUCUCUGUAAAGGUUCUUGGAGAAGGUAUGAGUUGGAAUGGUGGAAAUGUAGCAUCUUCCGUUGGAGGGGGACAGAAAGUUAACCUAUUAAAACAUGAGCUGUCUAACACAGUUUAUCCAGAUGAUCAGCUUAUUAUCUUUGUUGACAGCUAUGAUGUUGUUUUCAUGCAAACUUUGGAAAAGUUACUCGAAGAAUAUCAGAAGUUUGAAUCGAAAGUGGUGUUCUCGGCAGAGGAGUUUUGUUGGCCGAAGGCAGAUCUGAAGGAUUUGUAUCCUGAGGUAAAGCCUGGUGAAAAACGAUAUCUGAACUCUGGAGGAUUUAUUGGACCAGUAUCUAAUCUAAUUAAAAUCGUGAACCAUGCACCUAUUAAAGACGAUGAUGAUGACCAGCUGUACUACACAAAUAUAUUUCUUGACUCUACACUAAGAAAAGAAUAUGAUAUUCAGUUGGAUAAAACUUCAAGGAUUUUUCAAAAUCUUAAUGGAGCAUUCAACGAUGUUGAAUUACGCUUUACUGAUGAGACAGGAUACUUAUUUAAUAAAGUAUUUUCUACGACACCAGUUAUUGCUCACGGUAAUGGGCCAAUAAAGGUGGAAUUCAGUUCGUUGUCAAACUAUCUUGCAUAUUCAUGGACACCUUCACGAGGAUGCCAACAAUGUGAAGAAAAUAAUAUUCAUCUCAAUGAUUACACAAAGCAGGAAUAUCCGCUGAUAGUCAUGGGGAUUUUCAUUGAAUACCCAACACCGUUUAUUGGAAAGUUUUUCCAACGAGUAGCAGAGCUGUCAUAUCCGAAGUCUCGAAUUCAUAUAGUGGGUCACAGAGCGAGAACGGCGAAAAACCAACUCUCAUUUAUAGAACAUUUCAAUGACACAUUUGGACACGAGUACCUCUCGAUAAAUUGGCUCGACGAGGAACUUAGUGAAGAGGCAGCAAGGAAGAGAGUAUUUGCGCAUUGUCUAUCAGUUGAGGACUGCAAGCACGUAUUUGUAGUAGACAGUAUCGCUCAGCUAACCAACCCGAAAACCUUGGACCACUUAGUUAAGAUGAACCGAUCAAUAAUUGCACCAUUAUUAACAAGAAGAGGAAAGGCGUGGUCAAACUUUUGGGGAGCACUGGGUAGUGAUGGGUUUUAUACUAGGUCGGAAGACUACAUGGAUAUAAUCAGUUAUAAUACAAGUGGAAUCUGGAAUGUUCCCCUAGUUCGUAGUGCCUAUUUAAUUUCACGAUGGGCGGUGCGUAAGUUGAUUGACGCAAAACUAGGGAACGAAAUCGACAUGAACUUCGCCAAGGAAGCAAGAGAUAAAAAUGUUUUCAUGUUUGUGGAUAAUCAAGUGGAAUUCGGGUACUUGAUGAAUGCUGACAAUUACACUAACGAUCACCUCCACAACGACUUGUGGCAAAUAUUCGACAAUCCACAGGACUGGGAAGAACAUUAUAUACAACAGGAAUUCUUCAACUUUUUGAAAACUGAAAUCACAAUGGCAGACGUUGAACAACCAUGUCCCGAUGUAUUCUGGUUUCCCCUAUUAACAGAAACGUUUUGCAAGCAACUUAUUGAAGAGAUGGAAAACUUUGGUGAGUGGUCAAAUGGGGAUAACCACGACCCACGACUUGAAGGGGGCUAUGAAAAUGUACCUACACGCGAUAUCCAUAUGCGCCAAGUCGAUUGGGAAGAGCACUGGCAACACGUCUUGGGGAAAUACAUAUACCCAAUACAGAAAAAGCUUUACGAAGGAUACGAAGACAGACCACGAGCACGCAUGAAUUUUGUUGUCAGAUACAGACCGGAAGAACAACCCUCACUGAGACCACAUCAUGAUGCAUCUUCAUAUACGCUUAAUAUAGGACUGAACCAACCCGGGAAAGACUAUCAGGACUGGGAAGAACAUUAUAUACAACAGGAAUUCUUCAACUUUUUGAAAACUGAAAUCACAAUGGCAGACGUUGAACAACCAUGUCCCGAUGUAUUCUGGUUUCCCCUAUUAACAGAAACGUUUUGCAAGCAACUUAUUGAAGAGAUGGAAAACUUUGGUGAGUGGUCAAAUGGGGAUAACCACGACCCACGACUUGAAGGGGGCUAUGAAAAUGUACCUACACGCGAUAUCCAUAUGCGCCAAGUCGAUUGGGAAGAGCACUGGCAACACGUCUUGGGGAAAUACAUAUACCCAAUACAGAAAAAGCUUUACGAAGGAUACGAAGACAGACCACGAGCACGCAUGAAUUUUGUUGUCAGAUACAGACCGGAAGAACAACCCUCACUGAGACCACAUCAUGAUGCAUCUUCAUAUACGCUUAAUAUAGGACUGAACCAACCCGGGAAAGACUAUCAGAGAACGGCGAAAAACCAACUCUCAUUUAUAGAACAUUUCAAUGACACAUUUGGACACGAGUACCUCUCGAUAAAUUGGCUCGACGAGGAACUUAGUGAAGAGGCAGCAAGGAAGAGAGUAUUUGCGCAUUGUCUAUCAGUUGAGGACUGCAAGCACGUAUUUGUAGUAGACAGUAUCGCUCAGCUAACCAACCCGAAAACCUUGGACCACUUAGUUAAGAUGAACCGAUCAAUAAUUGCACCAUUAUUAACAAGAAGAGGAAAGGCGUGGUCAAACUUUUGGGGAGCACUGGGUAGUGAUGGGUUUUAUACUAGGUCGGAAGACUACAUGGAUAUAAUCAGUUAUAAUACAAGUGGAAUCUGGAAUGUUCCCCUAGUUCGUAGUGCCUAUUUAAUUUCACGAUGGGCGGUGCGUAAGUUGAUUGACGCAAAACUAGGGAACGAAAUCGACAUGAACUUCGCCAAGGAAGCAAGAGAUAAAAAUGUUUUCAUGUUUGUGGAUAAUCAAGUGGAAUUCGGGUACUUGAUGAAUGCUGACAAUUACACUAACGAUCACCUCCACAACGACUUGUGGCAAAUAUUCGACAAUCCACAGGACUGGGAAGAACAUUAUAUACAACAGGAAUUCUUCAACUUUUUGAAAACUGAAAUCACAAUGGCAGACGUUGAACAACCAUGUCCCGAUGUAUUCUGGUUUCCCCUAUUAACAGAAACGUUUUGCAAGCAACUUAUUGAAGAGAUGGAAAACUUUGGUGAGUGGUCAAAUGGGGAUAACCACGACCCACGACUUGAAGGGGGCUAUGAAAAUGUACCUACACGCGAUAUCCAUAUGCGCCAAGUCGAUUGGGAAGAGCACUGGCAACACGUCUUGGGGAAAUACAUAUACCCAAUACAGAAAAAGCUUUACGAAGGAUACGAAGACAGACCACGAGCACGCAUGAAUUUUGUUGUCAGAUACAGACCGGAAGAACAACCCUCACUGAGACCACAUCAUGAUGCAUCUUCAUAUACGCUUAAUAUAGGACUGAACCAACCCGGGAAAGACUAUCAGGGAGGAGGAGUUCGCUUCAAUCGAUAUAACUGUUCAAUCAUAGAUACACGAGUUGGUUGGGUUGUAAUGAGUCCCGGAAGGGUGACACAUUUACAUGAAGGGCUACCAACAACAAAAGGAACUCGAUAUAUCUUUGUCACUUUUGUAAACCCUUAA